AUGUAUUUUUAUUUUAAAAUUAAUUUUUUAUUUUAUUUUUCUUUUUUUCCUUUUAUUUUUAAAAUUUUAUUUUUAUUUAUUUUAAUUAUUUAUUCACAACAACAACAACAAUUUCAAGAACAGAAUAUUCGAUCAGAACUUGUUGAAGCCCUUCUAACGGACUCUUUACGUCUUCGACUCAUCCAAGCAUGUCAAAAUGACCGAGUUAAUUUACAAUGCCCCAAGAACACUUAUAUUUCCCCCCAUAAUGCUUUCUUUGGUCGUUUAGUGCCAAGCAGUGAACUCUGCCCUUUUACUAGCAAUUUAAAAAUAAAAGAAAAUUUUGGGGGAAAGGAGGAUACAAGCUGUGACUUUGCUGAAACACUUUCUGUAAGUCUAUUUUUUUGA